AACCUGUGAGGAGUAUGGCCCAGUAUAUAACCCUGGCGUGGCGGUGACAAUGUUUCAGUACGGACAAUGACAGUGGAAGAUGAAGAGGCUCAGAAGGCAGUGCUAUUUUCACGUGCUUGAGGUUGACUCGAUGUUUAGGAACGCAUACGCCACAAGGCGAGGAGUCCUGUUGUUGCCGGCACCAUACAGUUGUAGUAAACACUGCUCCCUUGCCGACACCAGACUACCGUCAGGCGUCUCCAUCCACACCGGAGCUCCAGCCGCCCAACCCCCGCUUGCCGCCAGACAAGUCUCUGUACCAAGUCAUCACUGCUCCACGAGACCAACAUUAUUUUUUCAUCAUCAAAGUGGCCUAAAUGAUGAUGAUGGCAGUGGUGACGGUGGUGAUGGUGGCAGUGCCUCAAGUCCUCACGAAGCCUUCCGCCAAGCUGCGUCCUGCUAGCCACCCCCUGGGGAACACUGUGGGCCAGGUGGUGGAGCAGCACUUGGCGGGGUGUCACCUUGUGGCCGCCACCUGGCACCGCCACUCUCUGGGUCUGGACAACGUGCUCAGCUCCCUCGACUCCUUUCAAGUAGCAAGGAUAAUUCUGGACGCCACUGUACUCGCUUCUCCCACGCUGCAGCCAACACCACCACCUCCGUCACCGCGGCCUCUACUGCUGGCGAGAGAGCAGCCUCGCCUCACCUCUGGAGGAGAGUGAUGGAAGGUCAGAGGCGGAAUUGUAGAGCUGUUAUCUUUGAUGUGACGGACCAUUCUUCCUCUUCUCCUUCGUGGUUGCCUUCGUCGACAACGCCACCGUUAGUAUCGUCAUCGUCGUCCCCUCCUCCGUCAUCGUCUUCCUCAUCCACCUCGCCGCUCAACACUUCGUCUUUCUCGGCAAAUGUCGCCUACUCUUCCACCUCUGUGUCCAAGAUAGACCAGUUGAUGUCGUUCCUCCAUCUCUCCCUGUGGCCGGCAACACGCGUAGUGGCCCUCGGAUCCCAGCAGGCCGCCGAGCCCGUGCUGGCCAGCCACGCCCUCAGGAACACUGCCCACGCCCUCUACUUAGCUCCGUCCACCACCACCUGCGGCAGGGAAGGCCGGUGUGUGAUGCUUCUGUCCCGCUGCAUGUACUGCUCCCCUGGCGGUGCGCCCGGGGUGAGGGUGAACCCCAAGUGGAAGUCCGAGCAGGCCCUCCCUAGCGACCUGCAGCUCUUCCCAGGCGGGUUUGAGGACAUGUCUGGCCACCGCGUGCAAGUGGUGGCCAAGACUUUGUUUCCCUUCAUGGAAUACGAGAGACACGACCCUACCCCCGGCGCGCCUGUCACCCCCAUGGACUCUCUGGACGUCAGAAUGUUGGACACUGUGGCCGAAAUCCUUAACUUCACGUACGUGGUGCGCCCCCCGAAGGACGAGCAGUGGGGCACGAAGGUGGACGGGCUGUGGACGGGCAUGGUGGGCACGCUGGAGGCCGAGGAGGCGGACGUGUCCAUGAUGCUCUUCUGGUCUUACGCCAGGAAGCAGGUGAUCGACUUCACGCGAAUCUACACCAACGAACCCUUUGUAAUGAUCACCCGCAAGCCGCGCCCGCUGCCCCAACACCUCGCCCUUGUCCGCCCCUUCUCUGAGGUGGUGUGGACAGCAGUGUUGUUCAGCACCAUGCUGGCUGGCUGCGCGCUGUGGGCACUGCAGAAGACAUGGGCAAGCUUCUCAGGGGGACACGCGCCCUCACUCAGCACCUCCAUCAUGCACGCCUGGGGCAUGCUGCUAGAGGACCCGCCCGUCACGUUGCCCACCAAUACCACAGGACAGAUGUUGGUGGGGUGGUGGUGGCUGUUCUGUUUACUGCUGACUGCCUCCUACCGCUCUUCCCUCAUCGCCCACCUCUCAGUCCCCACCACGCCGCCGCCCAUCGAUACCCUCAAGCAGCUUCUCAGCGUCCCCGGGGCCACGUGGGGCAUUGAGCCUGGGUUCGGCCUCGGCUGGGACUGGUUCAAACUUAACCAAAACCCAGAAGUGCAGGCGAUGUUCAAGACUCUCCAGGUGAUGAGCGUGGCCGAUCAGAUGCCCUAUGUGCUGAAGGGUCGCCACGCCUUCUUCACGUGGAAGUACUACAUCAAGACCAUCGUGGCGUCCCGUUACACCAACCUGCAGGGCGUCACUCCGAUACACAUGGGCCGCGAGGAGUUUGUACCGGGCUCUACUGGGUGGGGCGUCAGGAAGGGCUUACCGUUCCUGCCACCGAUGGACAGGAUUCAUGACCAGCUGGUGGAGGCGGGGCUCGUGAACCACUGGCUGGACGAGCUCUUCGAGACGUCCAUGAAGGAGGCGAGGAAGAAGGCGGCGGCAGCGCAGGAGGAGGCUGAGAGAAAAGGAGAAAAAGUGGAUACGUCGCUCCUGUCAGAUGAUGAAUCAAGCGACGGAGACCAGUUAGUGCUGACAUUGAACCACCUGCAGGGCGCCUUCUACCUGCUGAUGCUGGGCGUGGGCGUGGCCUGCCUGCUGCUGGUGGGCGAGAACCUGGUGGCCCGCUCCUUUCCCUCCCAGUCUGCUGUCUCGCGAAACCUUCCCGUUCACAAGAGUCUAGACAAACCCGCAAAUAUUUUCAAACUUUGAACUUCACCUCAUCGCAAACUGUUCAUACGUACAUACACAUACAUACAUACAUACAUAGAACAUAUAUACAUACAUACAUACAUUUUGUGCAUAUUUUCAUACACAUAACUGCAUACAUUCAUGUGGAGUACAAACGUGAUUUCACUUGGAAGUAUACGUAUAUAUCAUAGAAAGAAUAUUAUGAAAAGGAAAAAUAUAACUCUCUCUCUCUCUCUCUCUCUCUCUCUCUCUCUCUC